AUGCCCACUACGCAGGAAAGAAGAAAUGAGAAUCAUCAAUUAUUUCGCGUUCUUGGUUAUGGUAACGGAGCAAUUGGUUUAUCCGGAAUUGACGGUGCAAUUGAUUGUAUACAUAUACGAUUAACACAUACAAGAUUCCAUCGUCUUGAUGAAGUUUAUCGAAAUAGAAAAGGAUACUUUUCAUUAAAUGUACAAACUAUUGUUGGACCUCGUAUGGAAUUUUUGAAUAUUAUACCAGAAUAUCCUGGCAGUCAACAUGAUAGUAGGAUAUUUCAAAACUCAAUGAUAUAUAUGCAAUACAUGGAGGGAAAAUUAAAUGGGAUAUUAGUUGGUGAUUCUGGUUACCCAGUUUUAUCAUUUCUUUUGACACCAAUAGGAAAUCCUCAGACAGAUGAAGAAUUGAUGUAUAAUACUAUUCACGGACGGACAAGACAAAUUGUAGAGAGGACAUAUGGUGUAUGGAAACGACGAUUUCCUUGUCUAUCAAAAGGGCUCAGUACAAAAUUAUUAUGCUCUACAUCUAUUGUAGUAGCAUGCGCUGUGCUACACAAUCUUGCACUUAUAUUCCGUGAUGAACUUUCUGAGGAUAAUGAAGAUGAUGUAUAUGAUGAAUAUGAAGAUGUUCCACUAAAUCCACCACAAUGGCAGCCAGGAGAAGGCACAAGACGUCCUCAAGAUCAUCCUGAAUAUGUCUUAGGACAUUCUAGGAUAUUAGAGGACAUUCAUAUAUUCAAGAGAUAG